GGCUUGCAUGUGUCUGGGUGGUCCAGAAGCCUGAGCGGUUAUGCCGCAGACUUUCUCUCCCUGAUUUGACCACCUUGUGUGUCUCACUCCAGGACCCCCUCGCGCGCCUUUUGCACGUCUCUCCCUUGCUGCAAGAUGGUAAUCAUCAUGUCGUUGGAAUGGUGGCGGCACGUCCUCAGUUCCUCGUGUCACUCCACCGUUCACUCGGCUGGAUAAUACAUAUCUGUUGCAACCUCUCGGAGGAGUGACAUAUAUUCGCUGCUCUUAGUACCUGGUAGCAGAAGAAUGUCCCUGGCCUCCUUUUUCUCGCUCAUCGCCCCUCUCUUCCUCUGCCGCUGCCACCCCGCCUCCUCUCUAAGUGUUCACACAUACACACAGAUACCAGUUUCCCGGUUCGAACAACUUGUCGCGGCCAAUAAAUCUCCUCAUCCUUCUCCGCACCAAUGAAAAUUCCUGCCGUCCAUCUCCUGGAAGCAUAGCCCUGCCCUCCACCACCUCUUCCCAUAAUACAAAGGCCCCGACCCCCAGUGAGAUGGGUAGUCUCUCUUUAUCUUUCUCGCGAAAUACACAAGAGCCUGUUCGGAACAUAUGUUCGGAACACAUGAUGAGCGGUCCACAGAACUCCCACAGAAGUCACAUCAAAACGCCGACCCAUGUCCAACGUCCUGCCACCGUGCGUGUACCCUUCAUCGUAUUCCCGAUACGCUUUGUAUCUCUUGACCAGCGCCCAACCGACCAGGAAAAGGAGCCAGGCUGGCUAGUAAUCGCCAUGAAUCCGUAAAAGCACUCUUGAAAACGCCAAGUCCAACCAGCCGCCCUUGUCUUCCCUUCCAAUAUAUGUAUAUAUAACAUGCAUGCAUCCAAAUCGUGUGCUGUGAUCGCAAUACCAUGAUGAAUCAAAAUGCCGGGUAUCGUGUAUUUUCCAGCCGCCGCACAC